CUAGAGAAAAAACAAAUCUAAGAUGGCAAAAAACACUCCUUUUCCUUUUGCCAGCAUAUUAUUUUCCAUUGUCUUACUUCUUAUUAACUCUUCCAACGCAAUGCCUUCAUUCAACGUACAAAGAUACGGAGCUAGAGGUGAUGGAAGAACAGAUGCGACCAAGCCAUUUUUGACGGCUUGGUCAUUAGCAUGCCGCUCAAGAGCUCGAGCCAUGGUCUACAUUCCCCGUGGAACAUACUUGGUCAGAAACAUAGUUUUUUGGGGUCCUUGCAAGAACAUUAUAACUUUCAAAAUCGAUGGAACGCUAGUAGCUCCAGCGAAUUACUGGAGUAUAGGUAAUUCUGGUUAUUGGAUCCUAUUCGCUAAGGUAAACCGGAUCUCGGUUUAUGGUGGAACCAUCGAUGCUAGAGGAGCUGGUUAUUGGUCCUGUAGAAAAAAAGGUGGUCAUUGCCCUCAAGGUGCAAGGUCUAUAUCGUUUAGUUGGUGUAACAAUGUUCUAUUAAGCGGUCUAACGUCGUACAAUAGCCAGAAUAUGCACGUCACGGUACAUCAUUCUUCUAAUGUUCGGAUUCAAAACAUAAGGAUUAGGGCUCCAAGUGGAAGCCCUAACACCGACGGUAUCCACAUCCAGUCUUCUUCUGGAGUCACCAUUAGUGGUGGAACCAUUGCGACUGGUGAUGACUGCAUUGCUCUUAGUCAAGGAUCUAGGAACAUUUGGAUUGAACGUGUGAACUGUGGACCCGGACAUGGAAUCAGCAUUGGGAGUCUUGGUGAUUACGCUAACGAGGAAGGUGUGCAGAAUGUAACCGUCACGAGCUCUGUUUUCACCAAGACGCAAAAUGGAGUAAGGAUAAAGACUUGGGCUAGACCAAGCAGAGGGUUUGUGAGGAAUGUGGUAUAUCGAAAUUUAAUCAUGAGAAAUGUGGAUAAUCCGGUGAUCAUCGAUCAAAACUACUGCCCUAAUGGAAAAGGCUGUCCACGUCAGAGCUCUGGUGUGAAGAUAAGUGGAGUGACUUUUGCAAACAUAAAAGGAACAUCAACAACACCAAUAGCUAUGAAACUGGACUGUAGUGGAAGCAAUCAUUGCACAGGACUUAGGUUACAAGACAUUAAGCUUACUUACAGGAGAAGAUCAUCGACUUCGUAUUGCCGGAAUGUCCAUGGACGAGCCUCCGGAGUUAUGGUUCCAAGGAAUUGUUUGUGAAUCAGGAAUCCAACAUUUAAUAAUUUGGAUUAUAUUUAUAAAGCCGAAGAUCAAUUGUUGGGUGUAGAUAUGUUAUAAGGUGAUGUUUGUUUGAUUCGU